AUGCCGUCGCAAGAGGCCAAGAUUCUCGGUGACUUCCUCCUCGCCCCUGCUCCUCUGCGCGACUUCAUCACCCUACGCGACUUCACCGACAUCUUUCCCCGCGCCCACCGGUCCAAUCCCGCUGUAGAAGAGAUUUAUCGCGAGCUUCAGAGGAUACGCGACAAGGAUGUUGAGUUCGUCCGUCAAGACAUCAUCGACGAGGUCAAACGGUCCAAGCAGCUGAGGCGGGAGUAUGCACGGGAGAAACGCCAGAUAGACGAUGCCACCGUCGCUGGACUGGACCCUGUUGCGCUUCAAAUGGAGGAGGAGAUGUCCGGCCAAGUUCGUAAGAAACCGCACACCCUACAGACGGUCCACUCCGACAUCGACGAAGCGUGCCAAAGCCUUGAGGCUCGGAUUGCAGAGAUAGAGCAAGAGAACAGAACAGCCUUGACAGAGGUUCAAGACAUUGUGGGCGCGCUCAGUGAAUUGCGCCAUGGCCGAUUUGCCCCAUCGUCCAGCGGCGAGGGCAUUGGGGAAGAGGUCAUAGCAACGCUCAAGCGACUUGAGGCCGUAUGCGACAAACCGGGGGGAUGA